AUGGUCUUCUUUUUCAGGCUGACAAACAGCUCAGACCUUCUUACAAUUGCUGACCUUGAAGACCUGCUGCUGCAGUCACAAGGCGAAAGCCCCAACAGCAGCUUGCAGAAGAGAUUACUGGCAGGCGUUCUAAGCGCCACUGCAGCAGUAAGCCUGGCUUGUGCGGCGCCAGCGCUAGCAGAGACCCUGCCCUUCCUCUCAGCGACCGGCGCGAAGGGCCCGCUGGUGGAGGAGGAGGCGAAGCUGUUCCGGCUACGGCAGGAGGUGGAGGGGGAGGCGCGCGAGGAGUUCAACCGCGCGCGAGCCCAGCUUGAGGACGAGGCGCGCACGUCCUCCUCGGGCAAGCUCUGCGCCACGCCCUUUGGCGUCGACGUCGUGGGCAUCACCGAGGUCAUCGCCCUCACCGGCGCCCUCGUCGGAGGCAUAUCUGCGCGGGCGCGCAAGGCAGAGCUGGAGCGGCUAAACGAGCAGCUGCGCAAGAUCAACAUGAGCCUGCGGCAGCAGGCGCGCGCCGGCACCGUCUACGCGCCCGGGCUCAACUACGCGCCCCUGCCGCUGCCGCCCUCCCCCUCCAAGCGCUCGCUAGACUCUGCACCCCUCGCAGAGCUCACAGACACCGCCAUCCAGCUCAUCAACGGCGUCCAGCCGUCAGUGGCGGUGCAGGAGAGGGCGGCGGAGCCGACGGCGACAGCCAUGGCCAAUUCGCUGGCAUCCUCCAGCGUGCUGGCGUCCACAGACGAGGACGAGCUCAGUCUCGAGGCGCGGCAGUGCAUCCAAGCCCUGCGCGAGGGCAAGAGGUUGCUGAAGGAGCGGCAGGGAGCGUCGGCAAUGGUCAGGUUUGAGCGCGCCCUGAUGCUGGCCAAGGUGGUUACUGACAAGUGCCAGGAACGCCGCGCCACACGUGGCCUCGCCGCUGCCGCUCGCCUGCAGGGCCAGCACCGUGCGGCCAUCCAGCACUUGCUGCGCGUGUUGGAGAUCAGCAAGGAGAUGGGGGACAAUGUGGGCGACGCAGACGCGUACGGGACCAUCGCAGACAUCUACACAGAGAUGGGCAACUUUGACACUGCAGCGCAGUUCUAUGACAAGUACAUCGAACGCAUGGAGUAUGAUGGGCCCGUCUGA